UUUCAUCGCUUCGCACGUUUUGAGACGGAUGGUAGUGGUGUAAUAUUUUUAUUGGAUUUUGCUUUAUUCUGCUCGUUUUCCGGUCCAAGUUUCCUCCAGGAAUCUAGAUCACAUGAUGUCGAGUGAGAAGGGCACGGUUAAUGGGACGGGGGGCAGGGGCAGGGGGAGAAGAUCCCGAGGGGGUACGGCCAACAAUACGCCAGUCGUCAGUGAUGACGGGGCCCAGCCCGGUACUAGCUCCUCUGGGUCCAGCCCUUCCGACUCCCAACCGGCUGUCGUCACCAAACCAACCCCAAAAUCCUCUAAAACAAUGGGCACCAGCUUAAAAAGAAUUCAGAAAGAGCUGGCAGAAAUCACACUGGACCCCCCUCCGAAUUGCAGUGCCGGCCCUAAAGGAGACAAUAUGUACGAGUGGGUAUCCACGAUACUCGGACCUCCUGGCUCUGUAUACGAGGGUGGCGUUUUCUUCCUGGACAUCCAUUUUGCAUCUGACUAUCCAUUUAAACCUCCGAAGGUGAUGUUCCGGACAAGGAUCUACCACUGUAAUAUCAACAGUCAGGGUGUCAUCUGUUUGGAUAUCCUCAAGGACAACUGGAGUCCAGCACUGACCAUCAGUAAGGUCCUUCUAUCCAUUUGCUCUCUACUGACCGACUGUAACCCCUCAGACCCCCUGGUGGGCAGCAUUGCCACACAGUAUGUCCAGAAUCGGCCGGAACAUGACCGAGUUGCACGGCUUUGGACAAAGCGGUUCGCCACUGGAUUAUAAGGGCAACUGUUUAUAGGGUAUUAAUGUAUAUUACCUAUGGUGACUGUCGGAGACUUUUUCAUUCCCAUCGUCAUGGUGAUGUCGAACAUUAAGGGAGUAUCAAGCACCGACAUCAAAAACAUUACCAAAGGUUUUUUAAAGGGAGAUUACCCUUUUUCAAAGUCUCGUGAUGGAUGGAGUUGUUUAUUUUUUUCAUAAAGGACUUGGAACAUGAUCUUCUGAAAAUGAUGCAGCCUGUUUGCAGAAGAGUGAACACUUUGACUUCAGGAGAGAGAAUACAAGACAACUUCGUGCGGGAAUCAAACCAAAUGGCUUUGAUAAACCCAUCUUCACCAUUCAAGAAUGAUCAUAUAUGAUGUACAUUUUAAGUGAUUUUAAGUUUUUAAAUUCAUGGUACCGUAUAAUUUGCGGAUAUGCUGUUAAAAUGUCCACGUGUUGCUACAGUGGUCUCCCUUACUUGUGGAAAAGACUUCGUAGGAAGUUCCGUGUUAGUUGGACUGUGAUUAUCAUCCCAUUUCUAGAGACUUUAUCGAAAGACCUGGAAAUAAUGGGACGUUUCUGCCACAACUCUAUAAAUAACACUUUGGAAUGGAAGAACUCGCAGUGAAAGAUUUAUUUAUAGUCAUUUAGAAUUCUAUGAAUAGAACGCAAGAGUUGUUAAAUUUUCAGUCUGAAUUUCAUUUGAGAAUUUAAUAGUUGAAUGGGUUACAUAAAAAAACGAUGAAUAUUACUUUUGGAAUUGUCACAAAUUUAAAUCAAAAUAAUCUCAAAGCAGUAUUCUGGAAAUUUUACAACGAUGUUUUUAUUUUUAGAAAUUUGUUUGCAGAAUUGAUUGACUUGCCCAUGUGACUUUGGCGGGCAAGCUUAGGGGAAGACAGAUGGUGCUUAGUGAAGAAUUUUGUCCACUCUCAUUAGCAAUGGACAAAUGUGUGCUACAGUACAAAGUUGGUGUGUUGAAUUUUCAUCACACUCAAGUCGUGUUUCAAAAAGAAUGGACACAAUAUAAGUAAUUUUUGCAUGUUUGUAUGAUAAAAUUGAACAAAUAGACUAUUAAUGAAGUACAGUUUUGUACAUGUGUGUAUGUGUGGAAGUUCCAAACGUGUUAUGGUUUUGUGUAUAAGUGUGGGUUGUACUGGUGACUUAUAAAUCUUGAAAUUUCCUAUUCCUAUAUUUUAUGUAAAAAAAAAUGUUCAAAAUUAUUCAAGGUUCAUUCAAAACUAGCAAUUAUUUGAAGGAUUAGUAUAAAUGGGGUAAGAUUGUACAAAGCUUUUACAGAUUCAGCGAAAUUAUUUGUACAAAACAUUUUUUUAAAAAUAAAGUUAUAGCACAUAUUUAUUGUAAAAUUGAAGAAAACCCCUCCAGAUUUUCCAUAAUGAUUAAGUACAGAACAAACUUACUGGCAAUUAAUUUGACAAUUCAGCUCUGCUGUGUGAUCUUGAGUUGGCUAUUGUGUCGGGGUGAAAUCUACCAAACUAGAACACCUACAGCUGGUGGCUGACUCUCCACAACAUAUCACAAAGGGAAAGUAAAAUCCUGUCAGGGGAAGGGAGAUCACUCUUGGAAUACCUAUGACAAGUUACAUGUAGAAAGUUGGUUUAAUGGUUUAUAGUCUACACUAGAUGGGACAAAGUCCGUGUUCGGUCGACUUGAGAGGGUAAGCACCAGCUUACCGGGCCUUCUGAAUUUAAAUUCCUGCCCAUCCAGGUCACGCUCUAAGGACGGACAGAUCCUUAGAUGCGGAUAGGCUGUCACAGCUACUGCGAUCACACGUACAGGAACGUAUCCUUUCUGUAGUCCUCCCUGCCCUCCUAAAAACCGCCAAGAGAAUGACAUUAUAUAGGUAAAGGGUGUCAGUAAACUUGUCACAAAGGGAGAUAACCAAAAGAGUACUAGCAACAAAGGGAGAUAACAAAAAGAGUACUAGCAACAAAGGGAGAUAACCAAAAGAGUACUAGCAACGAAGAGAGAUGACCAAAUGAUGUUUCAUUGAUUGAAAAUGAAUUUGUCAAACACGUAUCAACCAGACGACAUCAAUUUAUACAAAAUCAUUUAUCAACACUACUGAAGUAUCAAUAAAAUUAUCUCGAGGGACUAAGCAUGUAUCGUGUAACUUCAUGUAUUAGUUAACAUUAGUCCACCGUUGUCAACCACCACACCCCACCAUACUACACCCACACUGAUCUAAACACUAGGCAAAUACUGCAAAGCUUGAAUAACUCUGGACAUAAUUAAAGGGAAAAUGUGUGACUAAGAAGUUGCAGAUUUAAAUAUCGCCAGUGUGUGACAGGUGUUAGAUACACAUGUGUCCCUGUAUGUGUGUCUCGGUACAAACACCUGUGAGUGGUCGAUUUGUGCAUGUUGUAAGCUGUGUACAUGGGACGGCUGUCUACCUGUAUGUUGACGAAAGGUAGACCUAUAUGAAAUUCAUAUUGUACAUUCUCACAUUAUUAAGUUAUGUUUAUGAGCAAAUGAAUGAACCUCUGCAUAAUGUUUUGGAUCUUAUAGUUGAAUCUUGCUAGUCCGGAGACUUUGGAGUCAGAUUGUUUUUGAUUUUUUUUUGAUAGCGUAUUCCACUAUAAGGAUUGCUAAACUGACUAUGCUUAUAAAUACAGUAUUUGACAUAAUUAGCAUCCCUUCCUUUAAUAGUGGCCCUUGUUCUCACCUUGGCAUUCCAUCCUAUUAUCAUAUUAAAUCAAAUAACUUGAAAAAAUACCAAUCUGUUGGUUCUACAAUUCUCAUUUCCAAAACUGCUCAUGUUGUAUCAGAGUUCAUGGGUGCUUUGUACUUUGAUUAAGGUAACAACAGCAUUACCAUGACUUACCAAACACCUGUCUUGAUUAAUGAGGUAGAUAAUUUGUCAGAAACCCAUAAUUUACAUUGAUUGAAUUUGCCGAAUAUAUUUCAGUAGUAACUGUUCAAUAAGAAAAAAAGAACAAGUCUUAUCUGAAAUUUCAGGUAACUGAAAAAGAUGUUUAGUAAAUAAAUUGGAGUCCUCAUGAAUUCUGAAUUUUAUUUUGAUACAAAAAUUUGAAGAAAGAUAUUCAAAACUGAUUUUGAAUUUGAAACUUGUGUUUGAUCUUCAUGGUGAUUUCUUGAUGAUCAAUCAGUAGAAAGUUGUUGUAACCUUGAGCCUGAUAUGUUAUCACCAGUGGCCAUAUUGGAUUUUGUGAAAAGUCCCAUUGUUCGAACUGUCUAAUCAUGCCUAUGAUAUGAAUUGUCCAUGCAAUAUGAAUUGUCCAUGCCAGUUCUAUUUAGACUUGAAUCUAAAAAAAAUCACUAUGGUCAUCAGUGGGAGCAGGCGGUACAUCAAUGCCCAUGGAAUUCUUGUUAUAAUUUGUUGUCAUUCUAUUUGAAUGAAGAUAUAAAUGGCCUCAAAAUAGUUAGCUUCAAUACUUUUUAUUUUGUUUUCUCUUGCCUGAUGAAUGUUCAAAGAUUGAAAGAGUUGUUUCUCUUUGAACAUUGUUUUUCUCUUCGUAAUCUGUUUUCUCUCUGUUAUGCUUUAGACGGCACGGCUUUGUGUUGUAUCUUUGAGCAAGAUACUUUACUCUGCUUGUUCCAGUCUACUCAGCUGUAAAUGAGUAUGUGGUUGG